ACUCAUCGCCUGCCGUCCUCGCAUCUCCCUCACUGCACGAUUAGAGCGGCAGCUGCUCGCUGCUUUAGACUUCGCGCCUUUUUACUUACCUUCGAUUGUGUUUUCCCGGCUUUCGCGUACACGUAGCUAGUACUUUUACGUUUAUUUUGGAGCCACCACGCCACGGCUUAGUAUUCGCCAGAUCCGAUCGGUCUCUUUCCGUAGCAAUUUUUUAAAUCACUCUGAAUUCGUCUGAAUAAUAAUUCGUCGGCUCCUCCUAGAAGUAGGGGACUACACCAAGCCUCGAGACGGCAAACUGGUCGGGAGACUCCCCCCACUGCGAGUUCGACUUGUUACUACGCCAUGGGCAAUUGCUUCGGUUGCGAUGACUACGGCAGCGACGGACAAGAUCCUACGAAAGUGAUGCCAAGAUAUCCUUCCGCUCAACAUCCCACAGCCACCGCCCCCCAGUUCCCCGCACCUUCCAUCCCGUCGUAUACGCCGUCCCCCGUUGCGCCCCACCGCGGGUACCAUUCCGCGCCUCUCCGCGGACCAAUCCCCCACCCCCCUUCCGCCGUCGUUCCCGUCAACCCUUCCCCUCCGCCUGCUCAAUUCUCCGGCGGAUCAAGGCCGGACGCCCCCCCCGCCUCCUCCUUUCCCCCCUCCCCUUCCGCCAAUGGCCCCGAGAAUGGUUCCGCCUCCUUCCCUCCCCCAGCACCCGGUAUUUCCGCCAAGGACGUCUACCGUUCCCCAGCCAACUACGGACGCGCGGAAUUCUCCGCCGCUUCCUCGUCGAAUUCAUUGGCGGCGCCGCUUCCCCCCGCCAUUGCCUCCCCCGAGUCUUCCGCCGCCCCGCAUUUUUCCACCAGCCACUCCGCAGGCGACUCCGCGGGUUCGUAUGAAGGCUUCCCCGCUCCCCCCUCCGCGCUCCCUCCGCUCCGCGAGUUCACCUCCGCGGAGCUUCAGGCGGCAACGGGGGGGUUUGCGCGCGCCAUAGGGGAGGGGGGAUUCGGGAAGGUGUUCCAGGGGCGGAUGAUGCUGCCUGCUGGCGAGAGUUGCGCCACUGGCGCAAGCAGCAGCGCUACAGGCGGCGAGAUGCGGGAGUGUGAAGUGGCGGUGAAAGUGAUGAACGGGAAGCAUGUUACCCGAGACCUGACGAGCUUCAAGGCUGAGGUGGCAGCCCUGUCAGCAGUGAAUCAUCCCAACAUCCUGCGUUUGGAAGGCGUGGCGUUAGACACAGCCCAAGGGCCUGUGCUCGUGUACGAGCUCAUCUCUGGGGGCGACGUCAAGUGCUUCCUCAAACGAGUCCGCCAGGGAGAGGUGCACUUCCCCUGGAGAGAUCGCAUAAGGGUGGCUCUGGGGUGUGCCGAGGCGCUAGCUGCCAUUCACACGCGCAACUUAGUUCACCGUGACUUCAAGUCGUCAAACGUGCUACUGCGAGAGGAUCUCACUCCGGUGGUGGCUGACUUUGGUUUGGCUCGCACUAUAGAUGACUGGAAAACGCACGUCUCAACGAAAGUGGUUGGAUCUAUGGGCUACAUCGACCCAAUCUAUUUCCAGACUGGCCAACUAAGCCAGAAAUCUGACACCUUCGCUUUUGGCGUGUUCUUAUUGGAGCUGAUGUCUGGCUGCUGCCCCCUCAGUGCACAGUACCAGGAGUUGAGGCAGUUAAUAAUCUCCAAGGAUUUACCCGACCCUUUGUUGGUUAUGGACCCUGCUAUCGAGGGGGAGUGGGCAAGGAAGCCUGUUCUUAUUGCCUUCACUCUGGUUCGCUAUGCCAUCUGCUGCAAUUGGAAGCAACGGCCUCCAAUGUCAGUUAUGGUUAGCAAGCUUCAGAGCAUUUUCGACGAAAUUGAGACAAGUUGUUAAUGAUGAACGAUAGUUGUCUGGCAAUAUAAUGACGCAUUGUGA